GCUGCCGCUCUCGGAAAUGCUCGCUGUCGCAGUGCUUGUGUGGACCAGAUGGAAGAUGGAAGAGCAGAGAAAUUCAUCCAAGCAUGGUCUGGGCUGUGUAGAAUUCUGUCCCGAGACCUCUCUAAAAGGGGGUGCGCAUGAAUUGGGGGUGGGCAGAGGACGCAUGGCUCCCAAAAUGGGUAGUCCUGCAGGCGCCGGUGGAGCUGAAAAAGACCUGCAGCACCCGCGCCACACACCGUCUUCCAUCAAGUACCGGGACUUUCGACUGCUACGUAUCGUGGGCUGAGGUGCCACCAGAGAAGCCAAGGGCUGGUCUCUGGGCUGCCUUUAGCCUUUGCGGCGUCCAUCGUGUCAUACGGCCUCUCUUUUUUGGAAUAUUCUUGCAUCUUUGUCUUUUUGCCUCUGCGCAAGUGACACCUCCCGGUGAGACGCCAACCUUUUCUGUUUGGAGGGGAAUAUGCACAUCGACAUCAUUGGUGGGCAGCAUGAUGCCAGAGAUCAUAUCACGAGAUCAAGCCAUCGUCGAGGCAGGGUCCAGUAUCAGUAGGCGCUUGGCGCUGAGCGAAAUAUCUGCCCAUAAUGCACGAUGCCCCGUGCGCGGUACACACUUCUGCUGGGUAGCAGACAUGGUGCUGGUGGGUAGCAGCAGGAGUGGUUGCGGCAACAUAUGCCAUGCCUACCCCGUGUAGUAUGGUAUGUAGUAGGCAUAUAUGCAGAUGGUGGAUAGCCGCAACGAUCAAGAGUGGGUGACCAAGGCAUCAGGCUUGAAACAUGCGUGUCCUUUAGCGUUUUCUCGUUUAAAAAGAACAAGUGCCGUAACCGUCGUGAAUGAUCGGCUGUCUGCCGCCGCGUUAGUUGACAGUCGCUGCGCUCCCACCACAUCCCCAUAUUCCUCGUAUAAUACACAUUGC